GUCAACCUUGCUAGUGAUAGCAUCUUCUUCUGCCUGUGCCUUUUAGUCACAGUGUGUGUCUGGCGGUUCGGCUGGAGCUGGCCGUGGAAGAGGGCCGAGAAAAAGGCCUUGAUAGAGGACCUCGAGGCGGCCAAUGCCAAGUUGGCAAAGACGGAGGAGGGGCGGAGGUUGAGGGUGGCGCAGAGGAGGUUGGGGGAGGAGGUGGUGCUGCGGGCCGAGGAGAAGAAGAUCUCUGAUCUUCAAAAAGAGUUGGAAGAGGCGAAAGCCAUGGGCUUUGUCUCGGCAUCCGGGCUUGGGGCCGCUGGCCCAUCGACCCUCCGAAAGCGCAAUCCGUCCUGA